AUGGCCACCGUAUCCUCUGAGGAAGACUUCAUGGACGAUAUCCUAUCAUUCUCCCGUGCCACUUCGCAUGCGGCUGCCGUGGACCUAUGCGGAGACAAUGCUCCUCUGGGACAUCGACUGCUGGAGAGAACAGGAAGCGAUCUGAGCUAUACAGGUUCGUGGACCGACGAAGAUUCAAAUUCAACUUCCGAUCAUAGCUUGGAAAUCGAUAAUUGGACCUGCAGUCGCCCGCCAAAGGUUCCCCGUGCACCAGACCUGGGCAGGCUUACCACACCACACCUGUCGCCAAUGCCAAGCAUGUUUGAGUUUUGCUAUUGCUGCAGUGAUGACGAAAAAGAGCCAUGGGAAAACGAUAGGAUCAAUGAUUCGUUGCGUUUGUCCCGUAGAGAUAAAGUUGAUGCCCAGCUGGACUGGGCAAUGGCCUAUAUGGAGCAGAGAAGACGCGGUGUUUAA